CCCACUCCAGAGGUGGCACAUCUGGAGUUGUCCACGUGACCCGUCCGGUCUCUUAAAUGCCGAGCCUGAGGAGGCAGCUAUCGCCAUAACAACCAGAUUGGAAAGGGGCGCCACAGCUCUCCCCCACCCCAGAUAAGGAAGAAAUGCCGGGGGAGGAGGAGGAGGAAGGUGGCGGGUGGGGGGUGGCUGAUCGAAGGAUUAGGAGACGCCAAGUUUCAGCUGCAGCUGAUGGCUGAGCGAAGGCGGGGCCAGAUGACAUCCCUCCUCUUGCUUUGCCUGGGCAAGGUAAAGUAGACGGAGGGAGCCAGCGGGAAGGGAGAGGGGGCGAGAAGGGACGCCGAAAGAGAAGCGGGACUCGGAGCGAGGAUUUGAUGGGAUUCGAAUCCACCUGAAUUCCCCGAGGGAUACAGAGCAGAGCGCCGCAGAAGGCUUCCAGGCUGUUAGCCCAACGGGGAGACAGCUUCUUGCCGUUGGUUUCCCAUGCAUGACAGCCAAGGAGAUGUGGACUUAGCACCAUUUAUGAGGAAGGAGAGACAAAGGGGAUCUUAAGCCGAAGGGAUAUCGAGAGAGAGGAGGAGGAAGGUCCGAAGACGGGAGGGGAGAGACCAGCCCUUUGCUCCCCUCCAUGACCCCCUUCCUCUCACCCAGAGCAGCACAACAAACCUAGAGCCUUCCAGUUCUUGUCAUCCCCUUAGCUGCCUUUGGUGCCAUGGGGAACAGUUUCUCGAGUAUCCCAGCAAUGCCUAGGGGCAACCCCAACCGCUUCCACAGGGUCCAUCAUCAACAUCUCAAAGAUUCCAUUGGUGGGCCCUUUCCUGCUUCCUCUCAUCGAUGUCAUCACAAGCAAAAGCACUGUCUACCCAUCUCACAGUGUGGCACUCUCUCUGUCAGCCCACUGCUUUUCCAUCCUCACACCAAGGGGUCACAGAUCAUUAUGGAUAGCACUCAGAAAGUGGUCAAGCGACAGGCAAGUUUCUGCAACGCCAUCACCUUCAGCAACAGGCCAAUAGUCAUCUAUGAGCAAAUCAGACUUAAGAUCACAAAGAAGCAGUGUUGUUGGAGUGGAGCUCUUCGACUGGGAUUUACGUCCAAGGAUCCCUCUAGGAUUAACCCAGAAACUCUGCCCAAGUAUGCAUGCCCAGAUCUGGUUUCUCAAAGUGGAUUUUGGGCAAAGGCCCUUCCAGAAGAGUUUGCAAAUGAAGGAAAUAUCAUAGCGUUCUGGGUGGAUAAAAAGGGACGUGUGUUUUAUCGCGUGAAUGAUUCUGCUGCCAUGUUGUUCUUCAGUGGGGUAAGGACAACUGAACCAUUGUGGGCUUUGAUUGAUGUCUAUGGACUCACUCGUGGAGUGCAACUAUUAGAUAGUGAAAUUAUUCCUCCUGAUUGCCUUCGUCCAAGAUCCUUCACAGCUAUCCGCCGGCCCUCAUUGCGCAGAGACACUGAGGAUACCCGUCUAUCUGUAAGCCUUUGUGAUCUCAACUUGCAGGAGGACAAUUUCCAAGUCAUGACAGCCAUGUGUCCUAUUCCACAGAAUUCCCUCAACUCUCAGCAUUCCCACCUCCUCCCAUCUCAACUUGAAAGCGAUCUCCGCUUCCAUCAGCUCAGGGGAGCCCAUAUUAAAAUUCUGGAUGACCAGACUGUGGCCCGUCUAGACCAUGCUCGAGAUGAGAGAACUUUGGUUUUUACCAACAGGCCGCUUAGAAUCAAUGAGACUAUAUUUGUCAAAAUCAAUAAAUCCAACACGUCGCGUACUGGGACACUGUCAUAUGGGGUAACCACUUGUGAUCCUAGCACCUUGAGACCCAGUGACCUUCCUUAUAACCCAGAGUCUUUAGUUGAUCGAAAAGAGUUCUGGGCAGUCUGUAGAGUGCUGGUGCCUCUCCAGAGUGGAGACAUCUUGGGAUUCAUGGUGAAUUCAGAAGGAGAACUGCACUUGAGUCACAAUGGAGCAAGUGCAGGCAUGCAAGUAUGCGUGGAUUGUUCCCAACCAUUAUGGAUGUUCUUUGGUUUACAUGGAGCAGUGAUGCAAAUUCGUGUCCUGGGUUCUACUCUCAUGGCAGAACACCUGACGCCAUCAGCACCAAGCUCACCCACCUCAUCUCCCAAUUCAUCUUCCAUUCUUUGCAAUGAGGUUUCUGAUCCUGUCCUAUGUAUAUCUGGUUCUGGCCCACUUGGCAGCUCAAUCAGUGGUACGGCUCCAAACUCUCCAAUCAGUAUGCCAGAAUCCCCUCUUUCCUCUUCCAUCUCAGGAUCUUGGAAUGAUGAGUGUACUAUUUGCUAUGAGAAUAUGGUGGACACUGUGAUUUACUCCUGUGGACAUAUGUGUCUGUGUUAUACAUGUGGGCUCAAACUCAAGAAGAUGGCUAAUGCCUGUUGUCCUAUCUGUAGACGUGCCAUCAAGGACAUAAUCAAAACCUAUCGCAGCACUUAAAGUUGCAUGGCAGAAGGGUAGGAGCUAGCAAGAGGAUCUUCAUAAACUUAACCAAGACAAGGAAGGUGGGAGGAAGUGGUUCCCUUCUUUAAAUAUGUAGCUAAUUUUGAAUGUGGUUAACUGUGGGUACAGCCUCCCACCUGAAAUUAGAGGGCUAAAAAUAUCUUCUUUUCUUGGCAUCUAACAAAGUGCUCCUGUGAACAUUUAAUAUGUGUAGCCAGCAAGAAAGGCUGGAUUUCAUGUCUACCUUUCCUUGGCUCUCCAUUGCAUUUUCACUGUCCUUUCUUCCUAGUUGGAUGUUACAAGGAUCAAAGGAGAAAAUAAUAUGAAAUAAGCAGAUUUUCAUGUUAGAUUAAGUGAACUAAAUGAAUACUUGGAAUGAGUACAAUAAGGACAAAUCAUUUCAGUGCUAGAACUACGUUGAUGGGCAAGAGAGCCUCACAUAGGAUUUCCCUCCCAGUUUUCCUAAUCAUAUCAGUGGCUGCCAUAUUCUACAAAUAAUUAUAAUGCAGCGCAUGCUGCUACUAAGGAAGAUUAUGCUUGGAUUGGUUUUUCUAUGCUGUGCUGUGCACAGAGGGCCAACAGCUAAUCGUUGACCUUGAUUCUACUUUCUAUAGCUCUCCUCUUCUACUUUUUCAAGGCAGAAGCUGUUCAUAUCCCAGAAGCAUGAUAUCACUUCCUUCUUUAAUCACCUUCCUCUUUUACUUUUAUUUCCAAAGUUCAUUACACUAGGAAAUGGUGCUUUGGGAAAAUGAUUUCACCUGAUGUCAAAGCCAUAAGGAUGAAAGUUGGCAAAGUUUUAUUUUUAAUUUGUCGUCAGGACAUUCAUUAUCUAUCCCAGGUUUGAAAGGAAAGAAAAUGAUCAGUUGUAUAAUCUUUUGCCAAAAUGAAUGUGUGUUACAGAGCUGGAUUUAUAUUGUUGGAAGGAAAAGAAAUCAGGACCAAAAUGGAUUUUAGUUUUUAUUUGCUUCUUUGAUUUAAUGAAGGAUUCAUAUGAGAAGAACAUGUGAAAAAUAUGCUAAUUUCACUUACUCAUAGAACCAUAUGGAUCCUUGGCAUAAUUGAAUUCUUAAAAUAUUUUUGUCUCCAUUCACAAGUAAUGUCAUAUUUUAUCUUUCAUUUUCAAUAGUCCAUUGUUUUUUUAUUUUUAGCUGUUCCACUUAAUAAAUCUUAAAUCAGAAAUUGCAUUUCACAAUUAAUAUAUUCCAAGUGAGCUAACUAUCCUGAGAUGGUUGAUUGAAAAAUGACAACAAUCUCAUACCCUAGGUCACAAUUUCAGUUCCCCAAUAUGGACAAUACAGGUUUAGAGGGUGAAUUAAGAUAGAAAUCUAAGAAAAAUAAUAAUUGACAUGCCAUUUUUCAUCCAGUCCAAAUAAUAAUGUUUGUGCUGAACACUUCUAGUUCAUAUUUUACAGUGCAGAGAUUUUGCUGUACUGUAUGAUUGACAUAUUUUAUAAUUAAGGCGAUGCUUCAUAGAACCCCCCCUCCAUCUUAUAUGACAAAUUGGACCUCAGGAUUCAAGAAGCCACAUACUUUACACAUUUGAUAUCUCAGUAAGUAGAGAAACUGCCAUUUGGUUUUUUCGUCUACUAUGAUUGUGGAGGACUACCAAAAUACUCAAUUAAUUUUGUCUAUCUUUCGGCUUCAAAUUACAAUAGCCAUGUGGUGUUUAACAGAAAUGAUCAACUCAUACUAUGCUAGUCCUAUACCCCCACUGUAUGAAAUUAAUCCAAGUGCUGGACAGUAGUUACAAAAAUCACCUUGAAUUGUUGCAAGCACACAAUCACUUAAUAUUGUAGUCUGGGAACCAGCAAGGAUCUUGUCAGUAUCAAUACUGAUCAGAGCUAGACAAUUGGUGCCCUACAGAUGUUUUAGAUUUUGAUUUUCAUCCAUUCUAUCAAGAAUGGCCCAAAACAAGGAACUGUAGCAACUUCAGGCCCAAAUAACUGGAGGACAUAAGCUUGCAUCUUUGGCCAGAUCCUUAUAAAGGGAACUAAUGUGCAACCAGUUAGGUUUCAUGCUAUAGUUCAAGUCCUAUGUAGAUGGAAAACUGGUUCAAUGGGGUGAGAAAUAUGUGUCACCCCAGACAUUACCGAACCACGAUUAGUAGCAACCUUUGGCCAGCAUGACUUAUGGUAUUGGGUGAUGGAUGUUCAGUAGCAUUUUCAGGGUUCUAGAUUCUUCUCUCCUAUGUUGCCAUCCAAGAAACUUGUUGCUAGACUAGUUACAAUUCUAAAAUGGAAUAAUUAAUUGUAAAGUGUUUGCUUGUUCCAGGAAAUUCUGAAAGGAUUGUGUGCUAGGUUUUUUUUUUUAGUAAUCUCAGAAAGCACUGGGUUAUUUAAUGUAAAGUGGACAUUAAAUUUAUGCCACUCAGCUCAGGAACUCCACCUUGCUGUGAUAUUGCAAAGUCAUUUGAAUCAGGAAUUUUUGUUCCAGUGAUCUGAGUAAUACAGCUGAUAAUCCAUGCCCUAUUGCUUUCAAUGAAAAGAUCUAAAUAAAGAAUUAUAAGUUUAGAUUGCAAUCUUAAUCCACUUGAAUUUGGCAGCGUUUCUGCUGAACUCAGUGGGACUUAGUUCUAAAUUAGUACUGUUAGGAAUAGAUUAUAUGUUUCCUGCAAAAUUCAUAAAGAAGCCAACAUCUUAUGUAUAUUUGUGGAAUCCUACAAGUACAAAAUAAUGUUUGAGUUGACAAUUAGGUAAUAACAAUUUUUUAAAAAGAUAGUAUCAAUUUUCUGGGCAAGAGUUAAUGAUUGCAUAAGAUUUCAUGCAGAGCAAAUUUGAUCUAAUGAAGUUUCUCUAAAGGAACAUGCCACAUUACCACUCAAUAAUAUUUUCAGUUAUAUUAAUGGAGAAAGCAAAUCUUCAGACUUUGGUCUGAAAAAGGCAGCAAAAAGGAUUUCCUGGGCAUCAAUAUUUAUAGAUUUCUUGGUUAUAAUUGGGGAUUUCAGAGGUCUGGCAACAAACCAGCAAUGGCCAAUCCAGGCAACAGUUGGAGAUUAUACAUAAUGUCAUUUCAUAGGUAAAACUAUUUUUGGCCGCAAAGAUGUUUAGGCUAGCAUGUUUAAUAACUUGUAACAUUAUUUAUUUUUUCUCCUUUUUACGGAAUGCUGUUUUGAUAGGAUAUGAUGUUUGGGAAAAUUUAACCAUAGGCUUUGUACUUAGCAAUUACUUAAUAUAUUAUGUAUAGAGUAGUUUGUACUGUGCAUGGGAAAAUAUUGGCUUCAUUAAAAAAAUGCUAGGAAUUUACUAAUUAGGACUGUACAGCAUUUUGGAUUCAAAGGGGGAAUGGGUACUUUGAAGCACAUUUAGGAAGUCAAAUAUCAUAUGUGAUCAAAUCCUUAAAAUAGCUGCCUCUUUAAGUAGAGCAUGAUCCCAGAAAAAGACAUACCUAUUUUAAUGAUACUACUUUAAGGAGCGUUCUGCAAUUGGUAUGUGAGUGUUCCAUGUGCCCAAACACCUUUUGAAUCCAACGUGCUGCAAGUCUCGACUUUUACACACUCCCUAUAUUUUACAUACAGUUUUGGCUAUUAAACAAUGUUGUAGACAAAAGGUAGGGAAAAUGUGCAAGAAAGGUAUUAUGGUCCGCUGGAUUUCACAUUUGCAGUCCAAUUUAUUUCAUCCUCCAUUUGUUUGAAUUACAUUGAUUUCUUUCUCCACUGAGUCUAUUGAAGAUUGAAGUAGUCUUCUGAUUCUUAUAAUGGUCAUUGAUAUUAUUUUAUGAAUAUAUGAGAGAGACCUCCCAGAAUUAGGUCAAAAUAAUGGUCUUCACUUUUCAUACUACAGUUUUUAAAAAAUGCACAAGCACAGCCUGAAUGAUAUCAAAAUUAAAAAUGCAUCUUUGCACACUAACAA